AUGUGGCGAGACCCCUCGGUGCUGUCGCGGGGUGCUUCAAUGGGCCUGAUAGCUAUGCGCAAAGUGUUAACCACGGAUGCGUCGUUGACCGGCUGGGGCGCCACUCUAGAGAACUGGGCUGUGGGCGGCUCAUGUUCACCUGGUCCCGAACGUGCUGACGAGGGUGAGGGACGGGGGCUUCACCUUGAUAUUGAUCGCCCCGUGGUGGACGAACAGGCCAUGGCUGGCGGAAAUCUUCCAGCUCUUGGUCGGAGUGCCUUGGCGCCUCCCCAACCACACGGACCUCCUGUCUCAGAUGGGAGGAGAGCUCCUCCAUCCGAACCCGUGCAUUUGGAACCUGUACGCCUUCCUCGUGAGCGGGAAGCGCUGAGCUCCGCAGGGCUGCCGCAGAAUGUUAUCGCAACCAUUCAGAGUGCCAGAGCCUCCUCUACGAGGUCUCUAUAUGACUUAAAAUGGUCAGCAUUCGAAAAGUGGUGUGACCAUAGAGGCAUUGUCGCUUUCCAGUGCUCGAUCGCGACAGUGCUUACGUUCCUUCAAGAACUGUUUGAACAAGGCAAAGCUCACUCGACGCUUAAAGUCUACUUGUCAGCCAUUUCAGCCUGUCAUGUAGGCUAUGACGGCGUCUCCCCUGGAGCACACCCUCUUGCGAGCAGGUUCCUUAAGGGCGUCCGCCGCCUCCGUCCGGCGGCCAGACAUAAUUUUCCGACUUGGGACCUGGCCAUGGUGCUGGACGCUCUUUGCGAUGCACCAUUCGAGCCCUUGCAGCAAGCGGACAUAAAGGUUGUUUCCUAUAAGACAGCGCUCUUGCUCGCACUCGUUUCCACCAAAAGAGUGAGCGAGAUUCAAGCCCUCUCCACACAUCCAUCAUGUUUGGAGUUCGGUGCAGGUGGCGACAGUGUUACAUUACGACCUAACAUUGCGUUCAUGCCUAAAGUGCCUAUGUCUUAUGGCUGCUCUGAUCUGCGGCUCUCUUCCUUUUGCCCCCCUCCGUUUUCUUCGGAGGUGCAGGAGAGACUUCAUGCGCUGUGCCCUGUCCGUGCAUUACGCGUGUAUUUGGAAAGGACCGAAUCUUUCCGACGCAGUGAGCAACUGUUUGUGUGCUUCGCAACUGGGGCUAAGGGACGCGCACUCUCUACACAGAGACUGUCCCAUUGGAUUGUGGAGGCUAUAUCUAUGGCCUAUCGGGCCAAGGGUAAGGAUUCCCCUGGUGCGGUCAGAGCGCACUCCACUAGGGGUGUGGCUGCGUCCUGGGCUGCCUUUCGAGGUGUGCCUAUUCAGACUGUAUGUGCGGCCGCUGGCUGGGCUUCCUCACAUACUUUUGUUAAGCAUUACCGCCUUGAUGUUACGGCGCCGGCUGUUGCGCACGCUGUACUCGGGGUGAGUGGGCCGGGGCUUACGGACACUGCUUAG